AUGACCAUGGCCCAUUCCUGCCACGGCUACGAUCUUGUGCUGCGACGGUAUCUCUUGGCCCUGCACCACCUCCUCCACUGCGUCCGCUUCGUCGCGGCGGUCGUCCUGGACCGCCUCGGCAUCGCCUCGUUCGAAGGCGAGAUGCUGCCCGGUGAGCCUUGGAGCGAGCUCGUCGACACUGCGCCGAUGGAGCGCCUCAUGGAGGCAGCGUUCUGGCAGUCCAGCUCGCCGCCGAAGGCGAACCGUUCGUCUUCAUGGACGGCGCCACAGUACAGACGACGGCGGGUUGCGCCGGCGGAUGUGGAGGGAGCCGAGGACGACGACGGGAGCGUGGGCAUCUGCGCGAUUUGCUUGGCGGCGCUCGACGUGGGAGGGCAGCUCGUCGCGGAGUUGUGCAACUGCUCGCAUGCGUUCCACGCCGCCUGCAUCGACUCUUGGAUCGGCAGCGGCGAGGCCGCCGGCACUUGCCCGUUGUGCCGCACCCCGACGGUACCAACAACGGCGUGGUGGAACGGUGGCGGCUACGCGGAGCGGCGGCGACGGCCUGUGAGGAGGAGAGACGGGGCCCGGGACGGCGCUAUUUAA